AUGGCGGAAAAUCAUCGGACCGCAAAAUCAGAGAAGUUGCUUCUGACGCAACACGCCGAGAAGCACUUCACGGCGGGCGAGAUCGUCCAUGACAUCAUCAUCGGCGUCUCUGACGGCCUCACCAUCCCCUUCGCUCUCGCCUCCGGUCUCUCCGAUGCCAACGCUUCCUUCUCCAUCAUCCUCACCGCCGGCUUCACCGAGGUCGCCACCGGCGCAAUCUCCAUGGGACUCGGCGGUGGUUUCAACGUCAUCGACACCACAUUCAGUCGGUUUGAUGUUCUUCUUCGAUUUGAGGGAUUUGAGGGAAGAACAUCACUAUCCGACAUUCAAGAAUAUCAAUGUGUUGAAGAACAUCACAGAUCCGAUAUUCGAUCUGAUUUGAGAGAAGAACAUCACUGUGUUGAUGAUGCUUUGUUAAUGUUGAUCUGUUUUGAUGAUGUUUGA